GGGGGGUAAUGUGAUGGUGUUUUCCUCCUGCAUGUAUCAGUGAGGGAGUGUGAUGGUGGUGUUUUCCUCUUGCAUGCAUCAGUAAGAUGUGAAGAUGGCGGAGCUGCAGAUGCUGUUGGAAGAGGAGAUUCCUGCUGGUCGAGGAGCUCUGCUGGACAGCUAUGCCAACCUAGAGAGAGUCGCCGAGUACUGCGAGAGCAACUACAUACAGUCUCCAGAUAAGCACAGAGCUUUAGAAGAAACCAAAAGCUACACCACUCAGUCUUUGGCCAGUGUAGCGUAUCUGAUCAACACUCUUGCCAACAAUGUGCUCCAGAUGCUGGAUAUACAGGCGUCCCAGCUACGCCGCAUGGAGUCGUCCAUCAACCACAUCUCACAGACGGUGGACAUCCAUAAAGAGAAGGUGGCCAGGCGAGAGAUUGGCAUCCUCACCACCAAUAAGAACACUUCCCGCACGCACAAGAUCAUCGCACCAGCCAAUCCUGAGAGGCCUGUACGCUACAUCCGCAAACCCAUUGACUACAGUUUGCUGGAUGACGUAGGCCACGGCGUAAAGUGGUUACUAAGGUUUAAGGUCAACGCUCAGAAUAUGAAAGCAGGUACAACUCCACGCACAGCUGCCCCGACUCAGAAACCACCCAGCCCUCCUGGCCCAGGCAAAGGAACACUGGGGCGGCACUCCCCUUACCGGACACUUGAGCCUGUGCGUCCACCCGUCGUCCCUAACGACUAUGUGCAGAGUCCAACACGCAACACCGCACCACCCCUGCAGAGCCCGGCUAGAACUGCAUCCGUUAAUCAGAGGACCCGCACGUACAGCAGUGGCAGCAGCGGUGGCAGUCAUCCCAGCAGUCGCAGCAGCAGCAGAGAGAACAGUGGCAGUGGAAGUGUGGGCGUGCCCAUCGCCGUGCCAACUCCUGCCCCGCCCACGGCCUUUCCCGGUACAGCACCCGCCCCUCCCAACCCUCCGAAACCCCCUCCAAGCGUUACUAUCCCUGCCCCUCCCGUACCUCCGCCACCACCCACCCCAGAGCCAGUGCCCCCCGCCCCUGCCCCUCCCCCCGCUCUGCCAGCAGAGGGCCCUCCUGAGAUACCACAACCCCCACAGCUGCCCCCCAACCUUCCUGUUAGCACCAACACCAACCCUGCUGCUGCAACUAGCACCCCCGCUCAAGGCAACGGUCCUCACUUUUACAGUAUGAACCGGCCAAUGACGCGGCACCCCACGCCCUCUGUGGGAGGUUCCCUGCCCUAUCGCCGGCCGUCAUCAGUUACUGGACAGCCCAACAACAUGCCUCAAAACACUAAUCCAAACAUGAUCCAAAACCAGCUCAAUGGAGGGCCACACUACAACCUAAACCAAGCCCCUAUGGCCCCUCCUCCACCCCCCUCUAUUCUCCAGAUCACCCCCCAGCUACCACUCAUGGGCUUUGUGGCUCGGGUUCAGGAGACCAUCUCAGACGCACCUCCACCACCGCCCCCCGCAGAAGAGGUGGAGUUUGAGGAGGCAACCCCACCCCCGCCUCCUCCAGAGGACUAUGAGGAUGAGGAGGGUGAUGAUGAGGAAGAGUCAGCAGUGGUGGAGUACAGUGACCCUUACGCUGAAGAAGACCCGCCAUGGGCCCCUCGCAGUUACCUGGAGAAAGUGGUGGCGAUUUACGACUACGCGCGCGACAAAGAAGACGAGCUCUCCUUCCAGGAGGGGGCGAUCAUUUACGUCAUCAAGAAGAACGACGACGGCUGGUACGAGGGUGUGAUGUGCGGCACCACGGGGCUCUUCCCGGGGAACUACGUGGAGUCCAUCAUGCAUUACGCUGACUGAGCCACUGCUCCUCUGCCCAUCAUCUUCCUCAUUCAGACACACGGGAGUUCAGCUACACUACGUCAUGCACAGGCUUGUUCAAAACAAACCAACUGAGAGCUGCAGGAAAAACGAAGGCGUCGUGACCAGUGGCGAGGAUUUGAAUGGGAGAAAAACUGUUGAAAUGUGUAAGAUAAAUGCGUUUGGAACUUGUAUUCAUCUCUUAAUUUCAAUCUCUUAGAAACAUGUAUCAGAAAAGUGUUGGUUUGCUUGACUUGUGUUGAUAGUGAUCGCUUUGCUUUCGCUCCUAUCCGUCUGUAUUCUGGAGGAAUGGUUCUGACUUGUAGAAGGACAGUUAUCUUCUUUCAUGUCAUCACGAAAUCGGAAGACGGGCCACCUUGGACGUGCAUGUUCCUUUUACAUCACCUCUUAACCGUGUGCUGUCACUGACCAGCAAAUGAGAGAGAAGCUUUUGCCAAGAAUGACAGAACAGGGAUUUUAUGCAUUGUUGUGCCAGGUCAUAUAGAAACACUUCGAUACAGGUGGGCUUUUUUUUUCUUCUUUAGUUUGUCAUUGUGUUGGAAGUUGAAUUUCUUUGUUGUUG